AUGCAUUCUGACAACAAGCUACCAACUGUUGAACUUAUCGAUCCGAUAAUUUCAGCAGAGAUACCAGACAGAAUCGAAGAUCCUGAAUUGUAUUCACUUGUAAAUGAGUUUAUGGUUCAUGGUCCAUGUGGAGCUGAAAAUAUGAAUUGUCCAUGCAUGGUGGAUAAAAAGUGCUCUAAAAACUUUCCAAAACAAUUCAGUAAUCAUUCGUCUGUAGAUCAGAAUGGUUUUCCGUUAUAUAGGCGAAGAAACGAUGGUCAUUUUGUAGAAAAAUCAGGUGUAAGGUUGGAUAAUAGAAAUGUUGUUCCAUACAACAAAUAUCUAUUGAAAAGAUAUCAGGCACAUAUUAAUAUUGAAUGGUGCAAUCAGGGAUCUUCUAUAAAGUAUUUGUUUAAAUACAUAAAUAAGGGUCCUGAUAGAGCUACAGUUGCUGUUAUACCAACUAACAAUGAAUGUGAAAAUAAUGAUGCGGUCGAUGAAAUAGCUGAAUAUUAUGAUUGUAGAUAUUUAUCAGCAUGUGAAGCAUCAUGGCGAAUUUUUUCAUAUGAUGUUCAUUGCAGAUAUCCUUCUGUUGUCAGACUGCCUUUUCAUCUUCCUAAUCAACAACAGAUUGUAUAUGGUGAAGACGAUGAUAUUGAUGAUGUUCUUGACAAACCUUCUGUUGCGGCUUCAAAGUUCACAGCUUGGAUGGAAUGUAAUGCAAUCGACAGUGAAGCACGAAAACUCACAUAUGUUGAAUUCCCUACAAAGUUUGUUUGGAUAUUAAAUGGUCGGUUUUGGAAGCGAAGGAAAGUAGGAAAAGCCAUCGGUAGAAUUCAUUCUGUUUCACCUAAACUAGGUGAGGCAUAUUUCUUAAGAUUUCUUUUAAAUAAAGUAAAAGGACCAACAUCAUUUGAUGAUAUUCGCACGGUAAAUGGUCAAACACAUUCUUCUUUUAGAGAUGCUUGUUAUAAACUCGGGUUAUUAGAUGAUGACAAGGAAUACAUUGAUGCAAUUAAAGAAGCAAGUCAUUUUGGAUCUGUAUGUCAAAAGCAGAGGUCGUUUGGGAAAAUACAUGGGAAUAUUUGGCAGAUGGAAUUCUAUAUAGACAACGACAAAGAUUUAAGUCUGCAGAAUUGUCACUCGGAGUAG